AUGUUAGAAUACCAGGAGUUAGAUGAUAUUCUGGCAGGGAUAUCUCUUGAUGAUAAUCAACAGGAUGUGGUGGUGUGGCCUUAUAGCAAGGACAAAAUGUUUUCUGUAAAAUCAUGUUAUUUGAAACUGGUACAGGGGCAGAAAGCUGAACUAGCCAACAUUUCUUUGAAGCAUGCUUUAACAGUGAUGUGGGAAACAAAUGUUCCAUCUAAAGUGAAAAUUUUCGGAUGGAGACUUUUCCAUGAUAGAUUACCUACUAGGAUGCAACUUGUCAAGAGAGGAAUACUUCAAAAUGAGCAUCAUAAACCAGUUCUUGAACAUGGUAGAUUUGCUGAAGAAACAGAUGUCGGAGAAGAUCGUUCAACUGCCUCAGGAACUGAUAAGGAAAAUCUUGCUGAGGUUAUUCAUUGGUUGGUUUAUAAUUAUGAGACCAAAAGCGAUGUUAUUUUUGCCUUUGAUGUAAAGAAAAUGAGAAUGUCAGAGACAGCUCUGCCGGAUUAUUAUGUUGUUAAUCAUACUUCUUUGGCACUUGAAGGACUUAUCAGUUCAUGGAAUAUGGAUGUGCGUAGCGAUACAAUUGAGAUAUGGGUGAUGCAAGCAGCACACUCAUCUUGGACUAAGACUCUUGUUCUUUCUAUGCACCCUGCUCCAUACUUUGCCACAAUAUGCUUUACAAAUUACGGUGAUAUAAUUGGAACAAAUGAUGAAGAUGGAUCGGUGAAGUUUGAUGACAAAGGACAGUUGGUAGCGCAUAACUCUCAUUCUUAUUAUUGUUAG